GUUCGAUGUUGUGAAGUGGGAUUGCAGAACGAUUUCAAAGGCAAGGGCAAAGCCCAGGAGUUGAAGUUCGGGUAUAAAAUCCCUCCUUGGCCCAUUGACCUUGACUCUUCACUCUCCCUCUCAUCAAACCCGGCCCCCGCAUACUUCUCCAGUACCCUUCCACAACACCCAACCAAGAAACCAGCUUUCAAACCUCAAGAUGCAACUCACAAACCUUCCCAUCCUCGUCAUGGCCACUGUCCUAGCCUUUGGCGACACGGCUUCGGCUGAUGCUUGGUGCCAUGACUCCUUUACUCCUCUCUACCAGAAAUACGAGGUGAAAGCCACGGAAGUCCCGGCGUCCGAUAUUCCCGCCAUCUGUGGCGGUCUCUGGUCUAAUCUGAAACGGUUUGCGUCGUGUGGUGCAACCGGGACCUUCUGUGGCACCAUUGACGGCUUUCCCACCACUCUCACAUGGAGGUUCAAUGCUCCUUGGGGUUGUAACCAUGGCAUGGUUCACUCGGCAUGGUGGGAAGCCACCCAGAACAAGUGGGGUGGUAUUAGCUGCGUUAACUUCGGGCACCCUGACCCCUAACUGACCCGUGGCUACCUAUAUAUAGGUCGAACUGUCCGAGUCACACUUGUUGAAGAUGGCCGUCUGUGGCGGGCCAUGUCUGUCUUCUGUGUUCUUGGAAUGAACCUUAUCAACUAAGGUUGCCAAGCGCUCAAAGGGGAGGAAUGGGGGGAAACGGCGGGGUG